AUGCUACUGCGUUUCCCAACGCCGGCGUGCAUUACGACGAUAUGCUUCAUGAUUCUAACCUGGUCGUGUUGGUCUGUCGUGGCCUUACAGUCAGACGGCGACCUAUCGCAUGCGCCAAUACUACCAACUUCAAAAGACAAUGAUACCCAACAGCAACUCCUGUGUUUGCCUUUCGGGGCAUGUGAGCCUUGUCCGGAGGAAUCACUGCAACAACCUUUCUGCCAACCUUUUGGUAACCGCCGACUCAUGCACUGCGUGAACAUCACCUCACCAAGCAACCCAACCACUCUACUCCAACGCCCUCCUUCGCCUCCAAGUGAACACUCACCUUCGCAACCACAUCCUGAAGGCGAAACCCUCGCUUGGGAAUCCUGUGGGCGCAUAAUCUCCCAAGAACGUGCAGAUUUCUUUGAGUUCAUUGCUUGUAACGUUUUCUUCGCUAUCGUUGCUUUGUUCAUAUUAUUCGUGCGGUCAAGGCGGUUACAAGCGAUACAGGCCCGCCAGCUUGCUGCGAGGAUUGGUCUGAUUAGAGGCAAUAACGGGAGACGGUGA